AGUGUCUCUCUGUCGUCGCUCAAGCAGGACUGAGACUUCAAUCUCCUCGCUUAUUCUAUUCCCUGUCCCUGACCCUCUUUUAAGACCACAAGUCAAAGUGAAGAAACUUUUUCCUUUUCUCACUGAGGGCAGUGACAUCUCUGUUUAUUCGGUGAAUUCCUUUCUCUGCAUCUCUUCUCUUUACCUCUGUUUUUCAGAAAGAAGGAUGUCUUUGCCUUGGACAGGUAUGCUUUUGCUUAGUUUUCUGCAGCCACUGGAAACCUUGAUGAAAGAAGGAGCUGUCCCAUUUAUUGAAGAAAACUAUGCACCCUCCAGAAUGGAUGCAAAGGCUGGAGAAGGUCACUUUAAAAGACACAUGAAUUCCAAAGGCAUCCUGAUGGAGUUACUUGGAGAACUAGGCAGGAUGAGAGACUCAGAACCAACUUGCAACCAUGAAGAGCAACAGUUCUCAGAAGAACAGCUGAGGUGGAGAAGAACACGUAGGGGAACGAAAGAUGAUGAUGGCAAGUCAGUUCAGCAGUAUGUUCCAGGAGUCAAAGUAGAGUUUCCUCAGCCUGCAAACCCAGCCACUUUACAGCCAACAAAGCCUCCAGCACCAUCCAGCACAGAUCCUUUUGAACCCCACCAACAGAGCCCGGCGGUCUAUGGUGAUAGAGAGGCCCAGGUUAAUAGAACUGUGGCAUUAGGAAAGCGUCUUCAGAUACAGAACCCUCUCUAUCCAGUGACAGAAAGCUCUUAUAGUGCUUAUGCUGUCAUGUUCCUGUCGCUCAUUGUCUUUGCUGUGGGCAUUGUUGGGAACCUCUCAGUCAUGUGCAUUGUCUGGCAUAACUACUACAUGAAAAGUGCCUGGAAUUCCAUUUUGGCCAGUCUUGCUUUCUGGGAUUUUCUUAUCCUCUUCUUCUGCUUACCUGUGGUCAUCUUCAAUGAAAUUACCAAGAAGAGACUGCUGGGAAACUUCUCCUGUCGCCUUGUGCCCUUCAUGGAGGUGACUUCUUUGGGAAUCACCACCUUCAGCCUCUGUGCCUUGGGCAUUGACAGAUUCCAUGCGGCUACCAGCCCUCAAGCCAAGCUCCGCCCAAUUGAACACUGCCACUCCAUCAUUGCCAAGCUGGCUGUUAUUUGGGUGGGUUCCAUGACCCUUUCAAUCCCAGAGCUCCUUCUUUGGCAGCUGGCACAGGAUACCUCAUCAGUCUCUGGUGUAGUGUCUGACUACUGCACAAUGAAACCUUUUCAGGAGCUGCCUGAGUCAAUUUACUCUCUGGUUCUCACUUAUCAGAAUGCUAGGAUGUGGUGGUACUUUGGAUGCUACUUCUGCCUGCCGAUCCUCUUUACCGUCAGCUGCCAGCUGGUCACCAGAAGGAUCAGCAGCUCAGAGAAGACUGAAUGCCGUGGCAAUAAGCAUGGGCAGUGUGAGAGCCAACUCAACUGCACAGUGAUUGGCCUGACAGUAAUCUAUGGUCUCUGCACCAUUCCUGAGAAUGUCAGUAAUAUUGUUGUGGCCUAUCUGUCUCCUGACAUGACAAAACAGACCCUGGACCUAUUAAGCUUGGUCAACCAGUUCUUCCUGUUCUUCAAAUCUUCAGUUACUCCUGUGCUUCUACUAUGCCUUUGCAAACCCCUGGGGCAGGCCUUCAUGGACUGCUGCUGUUGCUGCUGUGAUGAAUGUGGUCAAGAAACUUCUUCCAGUGAUGGUGGUUCUGAAAACAAAAUAAAAACCGAGAUGUCCUCAAAUAUUUUGUUUGACAAGACCCGAGAGUCACCUCCCCCUGUAGGGGCCAUUGGUACUCCAUGCUAAGCUCAAUCAUCCUAGUGGUAGACCGACAGCAGUUCUUCCGCUAUCUUUUCACAAGACCAAAAGUUGUGGUUUCCUUUUAGUAUUAAUUGGUGAAAUAGCUGGACACUGGAAGUGGGAGCUGGUGUCUAUCAUCUGCUUGUUCCAACACUGUCUUAUAAGAACAACUUAUGAACAAGGCAUCACCAAUAGCUAUCUCUUCUCUACUGAACAGUUACCAAGGGUGCCCUUGACUCCCCUGAUCUAGCAUGACUAGAAAGGCUGCUGUCCUGAAUGCGAAAGAUGCUGUGGAAAGGCCCACUUGCAACCCUUUCAAGACAGAGAAAUCACCUGUUUUAAAAGAGUUCAUAGUACACACUAACCUAUUCUGCACUGAAAGAGGAACUGUCCUCUUCUUCACUUCUUUCCCAGAGACAGCCUUGUAUACAAAGUCAGCACUAUCUAGCCUCAAUAAACCCGUAGACUAAGU